GGUAAUGUUCAAAUCCAAUAUAUUUCUUAAAAAUCUUAGAACAUUCACUGUACUCCCUAGGAUAGGUCUGUGUCUAGCCUCGUGCAAGGGGAUUGGUAUUUUUUUAUUGCAAUGAGGUGACAUGACUAGGACGAGCUGGCUAGAGUAAAAUUAUUUGAUAAAUAGAGAAAGAUAGGCACAAUUUCCUUCACUGCUAAACUUCUGCUUGUAAGGAUCAGCUGGACUGGAGCACAUGCUGGAGGAACAGUCUGAAAGAGAUUGCAGGCCUCCUGCCCAUAUCUGAGCCUAGGAAUGGCCUCACCAAGAAGGAGACUCUGGUCCACAUGCUGCGCUAUUUUGACUUUCUUCAGAGUAGGAUGAGGACCCCGCAGUGCCGCUUGCCUCCCCAAUGCAUCCCCAAGCAGGAACCCGGCACAGGUUCUGAGAGUGAAGAGAACACCCCGUUUGAGCCCUGUACUCCCCCUCACAAUCCAAAGGCCAAAUGCAAGUAUGUCUGCAGUCGUUCCCGCAAGAGACCUGCCCCCACCUCAGAAUUUAAGGCAGAGCUUCAGAUGAAAAGAAGGAGAUUGUACAAAGCUGUAGCUAAUGGAAAAUUAGUUGACCCAGAGGAGAAGGGUGUGUCUGUCCCCAUGUGGGGUGUGCAUUCUGAUUGGUCAGAGCUCCAGUCUAGUGAUAGCCAUGGGGCGUGGCCUGUGUAUGACAGCGACUCCCAGCCGAGUUCCCUGGAUUCAGGCUUCAGUUUCAAUCAGCUGCUUCCCUUGAGCACGCUUCUGGAGGGGAGCAGUGGGACUCUGUGGACUCCAUCUCCAACACAGGUAGGCCACUGCUCUAUCUGUGAGGACCGCACCAGCAGUGAGAGCAGCCCAGGGAGUGGAGUCCUCUACUCUCCUACUGGGUCAGGAUCACUUUUCCUGGAGGACCGCAUGCUUGGUGUCAUCCCACCCAUGGGAAAGAAAAGGAAGCCCUUCCUAAGCCCUGCUGCUACACCCCAAUGUCCCAUCCUGCUGCCUGUGUUUAGGAUGGGAGACAGUCUGAACCUCAGCCCCUCCCUCCUCACGUCCCCUGCCCGGGGCCUCAGCCACUGCCUGCUGCCUGAGGGAAAGGAGGAGCUCCACGUGCUAUUCGAGGAUGUUUGGGUCACCCCUAAAACAACCCACACGAAAGUGUCCCGCUUGCCCCGCCAUGACCCCACCGACUUGCUGUCGGAAGGUGAAGCUGUGGUGAGGCAUGAAAGAGAGUGGCAGUCCUCCCCGGGGGAGGAGGGGGACAUCACCUGGACCCCCAAGCAACAACUAGUCCCUCUGAAGUCGAAGACCAGCAGCACAGCACGCCGGCGCAGUGGCAAAGCCUCCACCAGGGUUCACCCUCAAGUCCCUCCACCCCUAAAGAAGAAGAGUGUCAAUGGCUUUAUCAUGUUCUGCCGCAUCAACAGGAAGACCUAGCUCUGCACUCACCCUGGCACUCCGUCUACUGUGGUCACCAAGGAGCUGGCCAGGCUGUGGCACGUCAUGCCCAAGCAGGAGAGGCGUGUCUACUGGCACGUCACUUCAGCCGCCAGCAGAACCGUAACGUGAGGAGUGAGCUGGUGGAGGGAGAGGGAGACCGGGAGGAAGAGGACUGUGUACCCACACGUCCAUAACGAUACUUUAUUUACAUGAACACUAAACUACAAAAUAACAACGUGAAUAACCGGAACAAACACUUAACAGCUCAAGCUCCGUGAGGUUGGAUGGAGAGCAUUUGUGAACAGCAGUUUUCAGUUCUUUCCACAGAUUCUCGAUUGGAUUCAGGUCUGGACUUUGACUUGGCCAUUAUAACACAUGGAUA